AUGUGGGAUGAAAACAAAACAAUAGGUUUGGUGCUAUUUGUUUUAGGAGUAGUAUCAGGAUUUAUAGGAGUGUUUUUAUUUUUUGAUAAGUUUUUUUUAUGCAUUUCUAAUUUGUUUUUAUUAUUGGGUUUAUAUUAUUUAUUGGGACCAGCAAAAAUUGUAAAAUUUGUUACAAAUAGAAAUAAAGUUGGAGGAAGUGCAUGCUUUUUAUUAGGCUUUUUGUUAAUACUUUUCGGAAGAACAUUUUUUGGCUCUUUAUUUCAAGGAUAUGGCUUAUAUAGAUUAUUUUUUUCCUUUUUACCAAAUAUUAUUAGUACCGUGAAAUAUUCACCGCUUGGUUUUAUACUAGAGAUACCAGGAAUUAAACAAAUAUCUGAAUAUCUUUUAAAUAACAAGCGUUUACCGAUUUGA